GAUCGAAAAUUUGGACCUGUUGUAAUUAACUAUUUUUCCAUGCAUUUAAUUCUGUCCAGGAAACAGCUGGAAAUAAAUAGGUGUUCCCCAUUCGAGAGUGUGGAGAGGGAAAACCAGGGGAGAGAGAGAGAGAGAGAUGGCGGAAGGGCAGGAGCAUGUGGAGAGCUUGUUGCGGAAGGAUUACUACGUUGAGGGGUGCCCUGGAUGUGAAGUUGAUCAGCUGAAACAAACGCAAAGAGGAAUGCCCAUCAAGCAAGUUCUCGUUGUAUGGGUUAUUGUGCUAUCCACAGCUCUGACAAUAUCAUCACUCUUCCCAUUCCUUUAUUUCAUGAUAAGGGAUUUUGGCAUUGCAAAAAGAGAGGAAGAUAUUGGUUAUUAUGCUGGUUUUAUAGGGUCCUCCUAUAUGCUUGGAAGAGCUUUGACAUCUAUGCUGUGGGGAGUCAUUGCUGACAGAUAUGGUCGAAAACCUGUAAUAAUUAUAGGCUGUGCCACAGUUGUUGUUUUCAACACCCUAUUUGGACUUAGUAUAAACUUUUGGAUGGCCAUCACAACAAGGUUUCUUCUUGGAAGUUUGAAUGGUCUACUCGGACCAAUAAAGGCAUAUGCAUGUGAAACAGUUCGUGAUGAGUACCAGUCUUUGGCAUUGUCGGCGGUUAGUACAGCUUGGGGUGCAGGACUAAUUAUUGGACCAGCUUUAGGAGGCUUUCUUGCUCAGCCUGCAGAGAAGUUUCCUGGAAUAUUUGCAUCAGAUUCUUUCUUGGCAAGGUUCCCAUACUUCCUUCCCUGUCUGAUAAUCUCACUCUUCGCGGCGGUUGUGACUGUUGCUUGUUUCUGGAUCCCGGAAACCUUGCACACACACAACUCAGAGAAGAUAGCAUCCCAAGAUUCCUAUGAUGCUCUGGAAUCUGCAAAUCAGGGGUCUAGUGAAAAAGAGGAAAUAGAGGAACGACGAGAAACUACUUCUAAACAAAGCCUCUUUAAGAACUGGCCCCUCAUGUCAUCCAUCAUUGUAUAUUGUGUUUUCUCCCUUCAUGAUAUGGCUUACACAGAGAUAUUCUCGUUAUGGGCCGAGAGCCCCAGGAGACUUGGAGGUUUAAGUUAUACAACCGAAGAUGUUGGAACAGUCCUUGUAAUCUCAGGUGUUGGUCUAUUAAUUUUUCAAUCUUCUUUAUAUCCACUUGUGGAGAAAAUCAUGGGUCCUAUCAGGCUUUCACGAAUUUUAGGAAUCAUUUCAAUUCCUCUGUUAACCAGUUAUCACUACAUAGCCAUGCUAUCUGGGAUCACACUGUCCAUAAUGCUCAAUUGUGCAUCUCUACUGAAAAACGUGUUUUCUAUCUCCAUUGUUACGGGCCUGUUCAUAUUGCAAAAUAGAGCUGUGGACCAACACCAGAGAGGAGCUGCCAACGGUAUCGCCAUGCUUUUCAUGUCACUUUUCAAAGCUGCUGGUCCAGCAGGGGGAGGAGCACUAUUUUCUUGGGCUCAGAAACGCCAGCAUGCUGAUUUCCUUCCAGGCGAUCAAAUGGUUUUCUUCAUCCUGAAUGUAAUCGAAGCAAUUGGAGUUUUGAUGACAUUCAAGCCAUUUUUAGUUGAACGACGUAAUAGUUGAUUAUACUAUAGCUACUGAGCAAUUGUGUUCGAUAAUUGCAUGAUGGAAUAUUAGGAGCCACAGUCUUUCUAAGUAAGCGAGUGCCUGGGACCAAGUUGCUGUGGCUAGCAGAGGACUUACAUGCUCGUUGAACUGUUGUUACUUGUACACUAUUCUUGUACCGAUAUUGUAUUCUUUGUGCUAUAGAAAUUCAUAGCUAAUACAACCAUGAUUAUGUGUUCAGCUACACUCUUCAGGAUUGUGUUUCUUGUUUAUGGCAUAUGGUUGGUUGCAUUAGAGCUUCAAA